AACCCGUUUGGGUGGAACUCGUUUUAUUAUUACCUCACACACGUUGACAUGCUUGCAUUUUCCGUCGUCCGAGGAAAGUUUUUCUUAUUGGUACCUCAGUUGCGAACCGUAAUCGGAUAGGAAUUGACGUGUCAGCUCGACCCAAACAAAAGUGUAUUUCCGCAGCUCCACGAGCGAUCGCAGGCAUACAGACACGAAUCGUGUGAUUAAACUCCCCACAUUUAUUGAAUCGAAUUUCUCGCGCUUUUCGAUAUGACGUCAGCAGGAGACGUAUUCAUCGUAUCUGCAGCAAGGACACCGAUCGGUAACUUCCAGGGCACCCUCUCGACGCUGAGUGCCGCGGAGUUGGGAGCGGUCGCUAUCAAGGAAGUCCUCGAAAGAGCGAAGGUUGCCCCACCUGAUGUCGAUGAGGUUAUUCUUGGACAGGCACUCACCGCAGGCCAGGGCCAGAACCCAGCUCGUCAGGCGGCCAUCAAGGCGGGGUUGCCGAAAGAGGUUCCCGCUUAUCUGAUCAAUAUGCUGUGUGGGUCGGGCUUGAAAACGGUUGCCCUGGGUUAUCAAGCCAUCCGCGCGGGAGACGCUAGUGUAAUUGUGGCCGGCGGACAGGAAUGUAUGUCCAAAGCCCCCCAUGUGCUGCACUUGCGCAACGGUACAAAAAUGGGCGAAGCAAAAAUGGUUGAUUCCAUGCUUAGCGAUGGACUGACGGAUGCUUUUUACGAUCUGCAUAUGGGCGUAACGGCUGAGAACCUGGCGAAAGAGUUUGACAUCGAUCGUGUGCAGCAGGAUGCUUUCGCCGCCAGAAGUCAACAGUUGGCUGAAGAAUCCCAAAAAAAUAAUUUCUUCAAGGAGGAAAUUGUGGCAGUACCGGUGCCUGGGCGAAAGGAAACUAUCAUUUUCGACAAGGAUGAAUACCCGAAGCAUGGGACUACUGUGGAAGGGUUAGCCAAACUGAGGCCAUGCUUCAUUAAGGAUGGAACUGUGACACCAGGUAAUGCGUCAGGAAUUAACGAUUCGGCAGCAGCUGUGCUGCUUAUGUCCGCGGAAGAGGUUCAAAAGCGGGACGUGAAGCCGCUUGCGAAAAUCGUUGCCUUCGCUCAGACCGGUAUCUGUCCAAAAACAAUGGGUGCCGGACCGAUCACAGCGGUUCAGAAAGUUCUCCUUAAAGCCGGCUGGAAGCUGGAAGACAUAGAUUUAUUCGAACUAAACGAAGCUUUCGCUGCCCAAGCGUUGGCCGUGAACAAGGGCCUUGAUGUGGACCCGGCUAAAGUGAACAUUGGUGGUGGCGCUAUAGCCCUUGGGCAUCCAAUUGGAGCAUCCGGAUGUCGUGUUUUGGUCACUCUGUUGUACGCUUUGAAGAGAACUGGUGGUAAAAAAGGUAUUGCCUCGCUGUGCGUUGGCGGUGGGAUGGGAGUGGCAAUGGCAGUAGAAUUGUUAUAGUAUACCGUUAUAGAGUAACAGUAUAUAAUAACGUUUCCGCGAACUGGUGGUCAGUAUUUUUGACGGUUCAAUAGGCUAGAGCAUAUCUCGGAACUAUUAUAUUCAGAGUAUUCAGAACCUUUUGUAAAUGUCGCUAUGUGAUCGAAUAACAGUAUCAGCCUUCGGACAAUAAAGCAACACUUGUACUUA